AUGGAAGAGGAUCCAUUUGCUCACAUUGAUCUUCGAGUGACAGAAGGUAUUUCCUCCUUCUUAAGGCGGGCCACCUCCUGUAACGACCUGGCAUCCCAUUUGAAGAACCAAAUAGAACAAAUUCCUAAGGACGCAAAAACUAUAAAGUUUUCACAGGUUCGAGAAGCCCAUGAAAACAUGGAAGCCUUAGGUUUGUUUAACCUGCCACCACUUUGGAAACUUGUGCGAUCCUCUGGAAUCGUUUUCCCCGAACCUUAUGUUCCGCCCAGGAGCAUAGUUGUCCAACAACGGGUGGAAAGUCUAACUCAGAAGUUUGCCAACAUGGAGUACGGCCGCAUGACUAGCCACCUUCCUCCUCUCGGGGUCACAGCCAGAUACAAAGCUUCCGAAUUCGACGGUGUCCAGUGCAUGAAACGGCAGGUUACGAUGAUAAUCAACUUCGUGCUUGUCGUUAUUGGUUCCUUCGUCUUCGGUUACUUCCUAAGUGACAUGGUUGGACAGAGCCAUGCCAAUCCUGUACAGAGAAUCUCUUGUGGCUUUACUCUUGCUCUCUUCGUCUUCUUUGCUGAUUUGUACUUUCUUCUUAAAAACGUGGAUGCUUGCGAACUAAAGCCAGUCCCACCGAGAAGUGAACAGUGCACUUGA